AUGGGUUCAGGUUCAAGUCGUAGUAAAGUACAAAAAUUCGAUAAAAGUAUUCAAAUGCCAUCGAUCAUAGAUAUAGAACCUUCACCAAAACCAUCUUUAUUACAAUCGUCAUCGAAAUUACAUAAUCCUCCAUUUUCACGUGUUCCAACAGAAACAAUUAGACCAAGAGUCUCUAUAUCAGAAAAUAGAUUUGAACUAAACGAUAAUAUCGAAGAAUAUUCAGCAAUAUGGGAUGAUGAUACUAAGUUAUCAUCAAUAUUUCAACAAUCAAUAAAAUCUAAUUUAAAUAAAUUUAAUUAUCAUCAAAAAGAAUCAUUCAAUAAUAAAGGAAAUAAAAAGACUUCGGCUAGAUUUGAUUCAAUUCAUGUUGAAUCAACAGUAGAUACUCAACUACAUUCUUGUAUUAAUUUAUCUUCAUCGGAACAAAUUGAUGAACUUAUGAAUAAUCUAAAUCAAAUUCAUACACAAUUAGAUGAAAAAAUAAAAUAUCGAACAGAAAAAAUAUCAAAUGAAACUGAAUCAAUACUUUCAUAUAUUCGUAAUGAAACUCAACAAGAACAACAACAUUUAUUAGAAUAUGCUAAACAACAAGAAAUACAACAAGAUGAAAAUUAUCAAAAAUUAUUACAAGAAUAUAUUUCUAAAUUAAAUGAAAUGAAAACAAAAGAAUUAAUUGAUUUACAAGAUCAAUUAGAAAUCUAUCGAGAACAUAUUAUAGAAAGAUCACAAUCAAAAAUAAUUAAAGUUAAUGAACAAGCUAAUAUUAUUAAAACAAAAAUUGUUCAAGAAGAACAACAUUAUGCAGCAGAAAAACUCGAUUCUAUUAUGUCACAAAUAUAUAAAAUUUCUACUGAUGAAAAACUUCAACAUUUAGGUAGUGAAAUAAUAACAAAAACCAAUGUAAUAACAAAAGCUAAAUUUGGUACUAAAGCACCUGGUCAAGUAUGUGCUUUUGAUUUCGAUCAAAGUAAAUAA